AUGUUUCCGGGCACAGGAUUCAAGCACGCGUACGGCAUGACGGAAUCUUGCUCCGUUCUGACCAUUCAUCCCACCACAAAAUACGACUACAAAUAUGCACACAAGGUCGGCCAGCUGGUGGGCUCGACAGAGUUGCGCAUCGUCGACCCCGCCACUGGCCAAGACUGUGGCAUAGACACGCCCGGCGAGCUCUGGGCAAGAGGCCCGCAAGUCACAAUGGGCUAUCUAGACAAUGCAAAAGCAACGGCCGAGACCUUUGAUGCAGAUGGAUUCCUGCAUACUGGUGAUGUUGGCACCAUUGAUGCCGAGGGCUUCGUCUCCAUCACGGACCGCAUCAAGGACCUGGUCAAGGUCAAGGGUAUCGGCGUCGCACCGGCAGAGCUGGAAGACCUGCUUCUUGGCAACCCCCACGUAAAAGAUGCAGCUGUCUGUGGCAUCGGCGACAGCCACUCUGGUGAGCGCCCCAAAGCAUAUGUGGUGCUGCAGGACAAUGCCCCACCAGCUGAAGAAGCCGGCAAAGCACUGCUAGAGUUUGUUAAAACUAAGAAAGCCAGACAUAAGUGGCUGGCUGAGGUUGAAAUUGUUGGCAGUAUUCCAAAGAGUGCGGCAGGCAAAAUAUUACGCAGAAAGCUUCGGGAUGGCUCAGCAAUCGAGUCGGUUGCUGUCGUCCGUGAGGAUGAGACGCGACCGCAAUCCAAGCUUUGA